GAGCUUUCUCUCUCUCUCUCUCUCUCUCUCUCUGUUUCGGCACUGAAUCAGGCUCGAAUCUCAAAACCAACCUCGAGAAUCCGGUUUCUUUCAUCUCUUUUGGUGGUUUUCCUUCCUAAAAACCCCGGUUUUCCGGCCGGUUCUUGGGUUCCUCUGUUUCUUCUCUUCUUCUUUUCCAUUGGGUUUUUCAUAAAUCUCCACCUUGAAAAUCCCUUUCUCCAUCUAUUGGGGUGGGUGGUUUUGUCUCCGUAAGCGGUUUCCCUGCCGGUUUUUGGUUCUUCCUCGGUUUCCCUCUCCUCUGCUUUUCGUUUUUCCCUUUUAUAUUCUUAAAAUCUCAUCUUCAUUCCGAAAACCAAGCCAUUUCUAGAAUCUGGUUUUUCGAUUGGUUUUGGUGGUGGUUUUUUGAAAGGCGGUUUUCCGUACAGUUUCUGGUUUUUCUGUUUAUCUCCUUGCAAGUAUUAUAAUAUAGAAUCUCAGCUUUUCUUCGCUGGAAACGAUUCUUUCUUUCCAUCUGAUCUUUUCUCCUUUAUUCUUCAAAAUAUCUUCUCCAAAAAAUCUCAGCUUUUUCCUCAUAAUAUCCGAUUUCAGCUCCCUAUUUGAAAAUAUCUUCCCUUUAUAUGUAAAGGGGGGAAAAUAAAUUUUUCUAGCACUUCUGAUAUUGUUUGUCGGUAAAGGUGAUUUUUCAAAAGAGUUUCAAGAAAAGUCUAAAAAACAUUACAUUUUCUGCUGAUUUUGGGUGUUGGGUCGAUCUCAAAAUGUUGAAAUUGCAAUUCUUGAUCUGGGUUUUCCUUGCCGGGUUCCUGCGUUCUGUCGUUGUCGUCGAAGGCCUCGGUGUGAACUGGGGAACAAUGGCAUCGCACCAGCUGCCGCCAGAUAUCGUCGUCCAGCUCCUUAAAGACAAUGGAUUCCAGCAGGUGAAGCUGUUCGAUGCCGACCAGACCACGAUGAAGGCACUGGCUGGAUCAGGGCUAGAAGUGAUGGUGGCGAUCCCGAACAACAUGCUGACGACAAUGACAGAUUACGAUUCGGCGAAGAACUGGGUGAAGAGGAAUGUCAGCAGAUAUAAUUUCAAUGGAGGAGUAAACAUCAAAUACGUAGCGGUUGGAAAUGAACCUUUCCUCUCAUCUUACAACAAUUCAUUCUUGAACGUUACAUUCCCGGCCCUGCAAAACAUACAAAGAGCCCUCAAUGAGGCGGGCGUCGGUGACACCAUAAAGGCUACUGUGCCCCUCAAUGCCGAUGUCUAUAACUCCCCCGCGAGCAACAGCGUCCCAUCCGCUGGGCGAUUCCGUUCUGACAUCAGUGAUCUGAUGACCCAGAUCGUCCAGUUCCUCAACCAAAAUGGGGCACCCUUCACUGUCAACAUCUACCCUUUCCUGAGCCUCUACGCCGACGACAACUUCCCUGUGGACUUUGCUUUCUUUGAUGGGGUGGUUACUCCGAUAGCUGAUAACGGAAUUCAGUACACCAAUGUGUUUGACGCUAACUUUGAUACUCUGGUGUCUGCUCUAAAAGCAGUUGGCUUUGGUGACUUGCCAAUCUUGGUUGGAGAAGUCGGGUGGCCCACCGACGGAGACAAGAACGCCAACAUUGGUUACGCUCAGCGGUUUUACAACGGCCUCUUGAAGCGGUUGGCGGCCAAUCAGGGGACCCCACUGCGGCCCACCAACAUACAAGUAUACUUGUUCAGUCUGAUUGAUGAGGAUGCUAAGAGCAUUGCACCGGGGAGCUUCGAGCGCCAUUGGGGAAUCUUUAAGUAUGAUGGUCAGCUCAAGUACUCGCUGGAUCUUUCAGGUGGGGCCCAGAACAGGUUUCUGGUGCCGGCAAAGGGCGUUGAGUACUUGCCGACGAAGUGGUGUGUCUACAAUCCGAAUGCGAAGGAUACGAGCAAGCUCGGAGAUAAUGUCAACUAUGCAUGCACCUAUGCUGAUUGCACCGCGCUUGGGUACGGGUCAUCGUGCAAUGGCUUGGAUGAGAUGGGGAAUGCUUCAUAUGCAUUCAACAUGUAUUUCCAAGUGCAAAACCACAAGGAGGAGAGCUGCAAUUUUGAAGGCCUGGCCGUGUUGACGGAUCGGAACAUUUCACAGGGGACAUGCAAUUUCAUCAUCCAGAUUGCCAGGGCGCCGGCCUGUGGCCCAUCGCUUGUAACGGCGGCGAUUGUAUCGAUAAUCCUAAUUUUCUUUCUUUAGAGAUUAUUGGUGUAGAUAUAUAUCUUAUAAUGUACAAUUUUUUGAUUGGUUAUUAUUCUUAGGUCUAUUGUUGUAUGUUGUUAGACUUUGGGUUAGUCGUCCAUUUCUUAGAUGCAUUGAAAUAGAACUGUGGUGGGAAUUUUUGGGGUCA